CAGCAGACGCAGUAGCUCCAGCAUCAAAAAAUUACGCAGCUAGGAAAGCGUUUCUGGAUUCUUGCGUCGCACUUGCAGGUGGGUCGAUCACAUCGAAGAUGCAAAUGUCUUCACUGUGGCGCGCUCUCUUGCCCGGCAGCGUCAUUGUUGGAUUCAUAGUCUUCCUCAGCUCAUACGCUGGAGCAAAAAAAUAUGGCCUACAGUCUUAGUCAUAAACACAACAAGAGUAAGUAGAAGAAGUACCAGUAGUAGUACUACUUCUGAGCUAAGCCUAAGCAGCCUAAAGAACCUUAACCGAAUCAUGAUGGUCAUGCAUACCGCUAUUAGCACCUAAAGGCGAUCCAGUAAAAAUCUCUGCUAAAUAUUGGCUCUAACCCUUGUUCGCACUCAAGGACGGAGGGUAUCAGAUCGAUGCAUCCAAAGAGCUGUCUGCGCUUGGUCUCGCGAAUCUAGUCGGGUCAUGUUUUGGCGCUGUACCUGUACAGGUGGGUCUCUCAAGGAUGGCAGUGGGGUAUGACGCAGGCGUCCAGACAGUGUGGGGGAGCAACAUCAUCGUCGCUGUCGUCGUCGUGCUUCUCUCAUUUUAAGGGUAGGUUAAAGGUGCUUUCGUUACCGUUUCUUAUGGCUCUCUCCCUUAGGUGGGGACAGCCAUAACAAGCGGGUGGAUAAACGAACACCAACAAGAACCUAAGUACCUCUAAUCCUUGUUGUUUACUCCUCUGUUCUACUACAUUCCGCAGAGUACGAUGUCCGCGAUCAUCAUAUCUGGCGCCUACGGCUUGUUUGAUUUCAAUAUCGUUCGGUACCUGUGGAACAUGGAGGACACUUUGGUGAAGAGACGCGGUUGGUGGAUCCACAUGAGUGGUUUCUUCGGUACGCUUUUAGUCGGUUGCUGCCAAGGUAUCCUGAUUCCGGGACUUCUCUCCAUUAUUUAAGGCCGCACUUAUUAAUCCAUCUUUCUUGUUGACGAGUUCAUCUGUUGGCCGUUUUGAAGGAGAAAAUCCUGUAGAGGUGCUUGGGUAAAGUCGGGAUCAAAGUUUUCAAGAAGAAACAAAACCGUGUAGUUUCGCAGAUGUUGAGGGAAAAGAUGGUGGAGCACUUCUUUCGUGACAGUUCUAAAUUAUGCUGCUGAUCCACGAUUCUACCAAGCUGAAGGUGAGGGAACUGGGCAAGAUGCCCAAAUCAAACAUGUGGCGCACGAAAGACACAUGGCCUACCGCGAAGACAAUACCGAAAAUUCUGGUGCUCAGGCUCGAAGGAAACCUCUCCUUCUCCAACGCAGACACGCUGUUCGAACUGGUCACGAAAGCAGUUAGUACUUUUUGCUCCUUUUCCUCGCUGUUUCUUGAUCAGGGACUAUAAUGGACUACUUCGAAACCUACAUACAUACAUAGUAUGAAGCUGCUCUUUUUGUUUUACCCGUACCUUACUCAUCUCGUGAGUAUACAACGCCGAUCACGCCUCGUCGAGAGACUGACAGUAAGAGCUUUUCUGGAAAAGGUUGAGUUGAUGUCUAAUGCACCUCUCAACAUCAGAAAACGCUGGCGGCAUGGGGCAUGAAGAUGGCGGCAUGGAGUUGGAGGCUCUGGUUCUUGACAUGGGGAAUGUUUCGUUAUGCGAUUUCAGUGCCAUCGCCAUUCUGGAAGAGAUGGCAGGUGGUUGGCGACAACGACAUAAAUGUUAAGGCAUGAGUAGCAGAUCGCUUAUAAAUCUUUCUAAUUAAUCUUUCUAAUUAACUAUUUCUACUUCAAUAAAUUUGCCUUCAGCACUCGUCCAUAUUUAGUUUCAGUUCUAGUUCGAGAACGCUUUAAAAGGAAUACAACUAGUAGAGAAUGUUGACCACCCCAGAGAUGAACAUGAUCUCAUGAGCUUGAAGAUCAUGAUCUCCAUCUAGUAUACAAACAACAAACACCUCUACUUCUCUACGGAUGACAAAUUAAUUUCUACUGUUUUCAACAUGGCGAAUAGAUCAAGACCAUCCACAAGAAUCGCAGAGAAUGGCUAUAGGUACAACCUUCAUCAUCAUCAUCAUCAUCGUCAUCAACUCUAAGCGUUGAUGAUUGUCUGCGGUGCGCGGGAUUCGAUACGAGCUAAGCUGGAGCGAUUGUUGAUGCCUCUGAUUCCGAAUCCUAGCCUGUUGCUUACGACUCAGGACGCGGUGACGCUCGCACAAGCCUUGAUUUCAGGAGCUGCUGACAACACAGUUCCGGCAUCACGGGUCAGCGGAGUCCUAAGCCGGAGAAGCAGCGUAAAUCAACAAAGAGAAGACAACACGUACGGCUGGGAUCUACUAAAUCCAGAAAUCUUUAAUUAAAUGGUCAACAUUUAGUGUCCAUCAUUCUCGGCAACAUUUAGUGUACCCUUUUCCCUUGUAUUCUCGUGAAAUAAGUACAAGGUAAAAGCGGCCAAGAUGAGGGGGCCGAGAUGCAAUCUCGCAGACUCUAAUUUAGUAGUAUCCUUUCGCCGAACUGCAGCUAGUAUUUGCUAUUUUUGACAUUUAGAAGGAUCUGCGUGGUUGAGUUGUCUUCUAGCUCUAGAAUUUCAAUAUUUCAAACGUCAAGAACACACUUGGAAUCGAAGUUCCAUCUUCUAAGAAAUCACCGAUGCUAGUACGAGCCAGGAAGUUGCGUUGAACAUGGAUAAUUAUAGGGGGUCGCCGAAUAGGGAACUAGCAGGUGAGGUGAACAUAGCUUCAUCGCCACCGUCUAUUAAGGCUAGAACAAUUAUCUCAGCGAAACCCGUAGAACUCUGAAAAGAUUCAGGGACGUCGUAGGCCAAAGUCGAGCCGACUAAGGAACAUCAUCACGCCCGCUAACAAGCCUAAUAAAACUUCGUCUAACUACUUCCUCAAUACAGGCUCCGGCGCGAUGAACACCGUCCAGAGAGUACACUCAUCACCGAAAACUCUGAAGUCAUUCGUUUUGAGACAGCGUAGUUUUUUAUGGCUCACUACCCUCUCCUUCAUUUGAUUAGCCUAUUCUUCGUGUCUAGCUCUAGUCCUCUGUCAUCCUAAUCUCUAGGAAUGCGGAUUCUUCAAAAGGCGAUACGGUGUCAAUCUUGUUUAGCUGUCAUCUACACUUGAUGACUUUGACUUCAUCACAACUUGAAAUGGAUAUUAGCAUUCAUCUACUUAUAAGAAUGAGAAGAAUGUUGAGGGAUGAUCAUCUUCUCUGAUAACUAUUAUUAAGGAUUUAACUAAGUACAUAAUUCUAUGUGGCCAUGAUUCUUGAACAAGGAGGACAGGCGUCCCCACGACGCCGCCCAUUGGGGUGAAUAAUUAGUGGCAGGAGCUCUAAUUUUCGACACAGAUAACGCAACGAAUGCAGAGCGACUACAGCAGCAUUUUCAGCGACUCGAGUGGAGACAUACCCGCACGCUUGAUUACUUUUAUGUUGAUUUCACUUGUCGACAGCACCGAAGAAACUACUGGUGGAUUCCAGAUCAUCACCUCCUGUAGUAGAAGAUAGUACAACCGGCGUGAGUUUUACCAUCUCGAUGGCCAUAAUGAUAUUCGGAAGCACAGCUUCAUGGCCAUGAUGAAUGUCCAUUGUUGAUUCAAAUUGCGCCUCAAAUUGCAAUUCAGAUGAACAUGAACUACAUAGUAGUAGAGCCGUCCUCCGAGAUGCAGUAGUUUUAUAUACGUCGCCGAAGAAGCAAGUUCGUCUCACGUUCACCCCUCCUCACGUUCACCCCUCCUCUGGUCUUCCCCUCAGCACGGCUCCUCUAACCUUUCAAAACCGAGCACCUAGAAAAAAGCGUCAGACUUGAUCCAGAUCUGAUAAACGUGGGGUUCGACUGCGAGGGUUCAGAUGAUGAUGAUUAAGGCUCCCUUUUCACAACUAUCUCAUGUUUGGGAACUAUGCAUGCCUGGAUGAUGUAAUUAGUCCGUAUGGUGCUAAGUGAUGUGAUAGGAGCUCCCCUGGAUAUGGAUUUAGAGGGGAACAAAAUCACUGCUGCUGAGGAAGAGGGUAAGAAUACACUCAACCAGCGGAGGACUACAGAUUCGGAUUGACUAGCGCUAAGAUGACGAUGACGAGUAUCUUUUGGAUCGAAGCCGCGGCAUUCAAAGACAGCGAAGUGGCAUGAUUACUCCGAAAAACUGACAUGGCGUUGAAAGACUUCUGAAGACAUAGCGCUACCGUAGACUAGAUGUAGUUCUGUGUAAGUUUUGCUUCAAUAAACUUGACCAGGGAGGGUCAGGGUUAGGCCUGAAGUACAUAACAAACAUGCCCAUGAGGAAGAUUGUAGUUAUCAUCAUUAACAUUACAGUGCGAGUCGCAUCGUUGUUGUAGUGAGCGAGAGGAAGCAACCGAUGUUGAGCCGUUGGUUUAGAAAUCCAAAUCAUAGAUGAAAGAAAAAAAUUGUAGUUCAAAAUUAUACUACUUCUGCAUCUACUGUCAGGGAAAUCUUAGGCAGAUUGCCGAGUAGAUUCGAGUCAUCAUACCACUGCAUCCGUGCAAGUGGCCGAAAGAUCGCCCUGGCGCGUAGGUGUGGCGAUCAUCAUCAGCAUCUAACCAUGAUCUCCUGCACCACUUCUUUAGAUGAAGAUAUUUUAUGUUAUUCACAAUAGUUGUAAUUUUCCUAUUUAAGUUAAAGUUUACUAUGUUACCUCAAGUUGUAGUGCAGACUGUUAUUAAAUAGUUCUAAAAAUAGAUGAGCAGAUAUUAAAACUACAAGCUAUACAACUAGAAUGCGACGACUCACUCUUACUGUUAGAAGUCUGCAUCUAAAACUUCAUCAACGCCAUUGCAUUUGCAGUAUUAGUUGGGGUGGAACGCAGCAGUUAUUAGAAUUGGAAGUGCAAGUAGAAGUUGUUGUAGUUGUAUUUCCUACCUGUGCUUUGCCAUCAUUCAUGGUUGAAUCUACCUGUGAUGUUGUAGCUUUUAGGGUGUCUAGAGUAGAUCUCGUUGCUUCAAGUUGAGCAUGCUAUUACUACCUGUUCUUUGUCUUGUUGAUCUUGAUUAGAAAGAACUACAAAUGUUGUUGACCUACUUGUUUUUGUUUGACCUUGAUAUCUUACAACGCUGAAGAUCACGAUGUUUACAUCAGCUGUAACAAGAAAGUGAUCUUCACGUUCACGACUUGAUCAUAGAUUAUAGAGUCCAUUAAGAGUUGAAGACGAUGAGGACGAAAAAGACUCAAAUAACAAUAUACUGUUUCUUUCUUGUAGUAUGAAGAUUUUUAGUCGUGUUCUAAGUAAGGCCUUUGCGUUUACACCUAGGCCUACAACGUCGAGUAGAUAAUUGUAGUAUGUUUUUCGACUUCUGAAUCUUCCAAGCAACGACGUGGUGCUAGGCAGUUGAGUUCUUGAUCCAUCUGCGCAUCUGCCCUAUCCUGGUGGGGGUGAAGGUAGGGAGCUGUCUGUAGAGAAGUACUUUUAAGAUUGACAGUUGUUGUGGUGCUGUAAUUACUCUUCCUUAUCAUCUACCUCAACUACUACAAGAUUCACUUAUGUGUGCAUUGUUGUUGUUAAACUUUAUAUGUGUCAAGAACGAGAAGGAGAAGGGUAGCAAGUUCAUUGCACUAGAACAGAAUGCUACACAAGCAGUUAGUACGGACAAAUAUGUUGUGGUUGUGGGUUUCCGUGUAGUUUUCGAAGCCUA